UUAAGUGGGCGUAUCACACUAAGUGAAAAGUUCCAUCGAGAAUCUAAACUCCCGGAACUGUUCUGGUGCAUAUCCAUAACGCACACAUUACCGAUAUGUCCGAUUCAGCCCUCCUGCGUGAUUCCAAGCAGUGUUCUCCAAAUUCAGGGGGAACCAUGCUAUCAGGGAGUGAAGAUGAGCCAACGGAGAAUAGUGAUGAGGACUUGGAAGAUGGCUUAAUCGAACCACCAGAAAUGUAUAAGAAAGACAGGCGAAGGGCGAAAUCUCUGCCCGCAUAUCCGGAGCAGGCUAUGCUUUUUGAAGAAAUAGCCAGUAACGGCCGAAAACGGGUGAAGUUCGCAGACUCCAUGGGGCUUGAUUUAGCAAGCGUGAAGCACUUCAGCACAGCAGAAGACCCGAAAAUCCCUUCCAAGGUAUUGUCGAGAUUGCAGAGCUUUCUCCCUCAACCACAGGACCGAGAGUAUACAAUUGCGGACCUGUGCGUAAACUUUAAAUCUACCUUGACCAUGGACCGUCUCAUCCCAACUUUCAAGAUGCCAGUUGAGUCUGAUGAUUUUGAAACCAAGGUAUUAGAGCGGCACGUCCACCUGGAGAAGGUGACCAUCACUCAGUUUGACAUCCGUGGGCAGAUUCGAUCGAAUACUCAAAACUGUUGCAAGAGGGAAGUUGGUGUGAGGUACACAUUCAACGAGUGGCUGUCUUUCGUGAACGCGCAGGCGACACCCAUGCCUUUUGAUGAGAAUACUGUCGGUGAGCGCUACACAUUUACCAUGUACACACCUCCGUUCCUAGACCCAUCUUCCUCUGUGCACUUCGCCGUGUACAUCAGGAAUGACCAGGGCGAGUUUUGGGAUAACAACCAUGGACAAAACUAUACCUUGAAGUAUCACUGUGCAGGUAUGCCGACUUACGAGAGCGCAGCAUUCCAUGCCACCUGAAAUCCGACGUUACGCACGUGCGUAAAGAUGAUGUCGCUCAACCAGGUCUCUUAUGAAGUUGUUCUCCAUCACGUGGAUUGAUAUAUACUUUUCAGUGAAGUGAAUGUAUUUUCUUCUUGCUCUCUGAGCCCACCGUUUUGUUAUCAAGGUGUUCAUGAGUUCAUCAUGAUUGUUAUGAUGUUAGGCUGACUGUAUCAUCCUUCUUUAAAGUAAAACAUGGAGUUGACAAGUUUGCCUCUGUCCAAUUGUGUCUUCUGUUCUGCAAUGACAUUUAAUAACACAAGAAUUUACAAUAAUAGUCGUUGGACUGAUUUGCAGUUAGAUCUAAUUUUCUGAAUUGAGGAAGUUAACAAAUCAGGACCCAUGGAUGGACUGAUGAACAUUUCUCAGCUACACUGCCAAUGGGAUCUACACAGACACGGGACUAUACUAAAAUACUUUAAAUUAGGCAUUUUAGGAUACAUGAUACACAGUACAUCUCAUAUCGAAGAGGACUUCACCUGUUCUACAUCACAUUUGCCUAUCAUGUCAUCGACUCAGGAGAGCUAUCCUACUGUGCUGAGUUGUGGAUUCAGUUCAGUCAUUUAUAGGAAUUGUGUUGUGUUAUUCAGUUUCAUGAUUUUGCUAAACUUGUGGCACACUAUUUCCUAUAGAUAGCACUACUUUUGACUAAAGGGAAUGGCUGGUCAAAAGUAGUAUACUUUAAAGGGAAUAGUGUACCAUUUCAAACAUUGCCUUUGAUUCAGGGCCCAGAAUAGUGCAGAGUAUGAACAUGUGUGAUUUAUCCAAGUUAUAAUGCCAUCAUGGGAAGCAAAAUCUGUCAAAGAGUUCUCUGCCAUGAAAUAUAUGAUUUCCUGUUUAUACUCCCCUGGGCACAGAGGAAUGAUUAACGAGCAAUCUGUCUGUCAUAUUAGUGUGCAUGGCUACUCAGUGAACAGCUUGAUCAAAUGGUCUGAUGCAGCAGGUUCGUGGAACAUGAUGCACAAAACGUAUUUACUGCUCUGUAGAGCAUUGGUUUCCCAGUGUUGUUAACAGCAUUUCUGUCCCAAUUACAGCUAUGACUGCAUUAUAUCUAUUCUACAUGUUAUGUUUGGGGGUCCUAAUAGUUGUCAACAACUGUAUAUUUAAAAGCAUACAUUACACAUCUAGGGAGCUAUAAAGUCAUACAAUAGGCCCAUUACAAUAUUCUGUAAUACAGUUGUUUAAUGUAAAACAUAUCUGUUGGCAUUAUGACAUCCAUACAAUUAUAUAGGAUCUGUAUAUCACCUUACCAAAACUCCUCCACUGCUUUCUCUACAAUCAGAACAUUCAGAGGGCGUUUGUAAAUCUGUUGAUGGGUAUGUGAGCAGCACAUGACUGAUGCCAGUGAUGUUACUUCCCUUGUUUGGCCUGUCAUGUACCCUUUAAUAAAAUACUACAUGGUGGCUGUCAGGUUGUUGUCCCAUACCUGUCCCCUGACCAAAGUUCAAGAGGCAAAUCAGCAAAUCACGUGGAGCUGUUUAUUCUGUCAACAGAGAGUGGCUAGUUUCUAGGCUUCAGCUCUGCAGUGAUCUCACCAGGCAAGAUCCACACGGACCUGGGUUCAAAUACUAUUUGAAAUCAUUUAGAAUAGUUCUAGAACCCAGGUCUGGCGUCCGGACAACAUCCAUGCUGAUGGAACGUGUACUCGUUCAUGUAACUGUUCAGUCGGUCUCAGAAUCUUGGGUUACUGAACUGAAUGUAAAAAUAGACUAUAGACAAUGUGAAAAUGCAAAGUUAAUCUCAAUCUUAAAUGGUACAUGCAUGUACGUUGAUGUAACAGUAACAUGAUAUGGUGACAUUUUAACCUUAGGAUUCAUGCACUGUACAUGACAUCAACUGGGCUAUUGAAUAUCAACCAAUAAAAUAGACCACAUUUUCAAA